AUGCGCCCUUCCAAAUAUGGCCGUCAUCCAAAGUUUUUGACUAUUGUAACUCAUGGAGGUUGGGCUUCUGUAAUGGAAGCACUAACUCAUGGAAAACCAAUGAUACUAGUACCUCUGUUUGCCGAUCAGUACAGAAAUGCGCGCAUAAUGCACAGCAAAAACAUUGGAAUAAUACUGGAUAAAAAAAAUUUAACAGCUCGUAAAAUUAAACUGGCCAUUCAAACAAUUCUUGACAACAAAAUGUAUGAUCUUUAUCCUUUGAGCAGCCUCUCCAAGAAGUUUUCUGGGUAAGA